AAAUGUUGUUCAAAUCGAAUUGUUGUUUAUACACAUAACAUAUAUUCUCUGAAAAGGAUUAAACUAUAUAAAUUUAACGUUUUUUCAACACAAAAGAUGGCCAAGUAUGAGCAUCCCGAAACAGAUUUUCCCGAAGCGUACAAGCUAUGCAAACUCUUCAAUCUUACUCAGGAAAAUCUGAUUACCGUCCGCAAUGGCAUGACUAAAGAAAUUAUUAAUGGUCUGGGCAGAGAAUCACAUGCACGCUCCUCGAUUCGCUGUUUCCUCAGCUAUGUGCAGAAUUUGCCCACUGGACAGGAACGUGGUCGCUUUUUGGCCUUGGAAAUGUGGCCUACCAAUGGCCGGAUUAUGUUGGUCAAGUUUAGCAGCGAGAAGGAUAUCUAUAUGAGCUCAAAGUGUGUGAUUGUGCCACACACAGUUGCCGGAGCACGUGGCACGCAGUUGUUUGAUUUCCUUGCCGAUAACAUUGCGAUCUUUGUGAAGGAGAAAAAGGUGGAAAAAGAGAAUCUGCCAAUGGGAAUUGCCUUUGCCUUUGCUCUCAAUAAAUUAGCCUUGGAUGUCGGCAUGUUGGUGGCCUGGACCAAGGGCUAUGGCGCCCAGGGCGUUGUGGGCAAAGAUGUGGUGCAGUUGCUGCGCAAUUCGCUAGCCAAGCACAAGGACAUCUCGGUGAAUUUGGCGGGCAUCAUUAACAUCUCGGCGGGCUCCUUAAUGGCACUUUGCUGGUCACACGUCAACACGAAAAUUGGUCUCAUUAUUGGCACCGUCACCAAUGCUGCUUAUGUGGAGCUGAGUUCACAGUGUGAACGCUACGAGGGCUCUCCUGAGUUGCCACUGAUGAUCAUUAACACGGAGUGGGCGCAAUUUGGUGCGAAUGGUCAUUUGGAUUUUAUGCGCAACGAAUUCGAUAAGCUAGUCGAUGAGGACUCCACUCAUCCGGGUCAAAAAUAUUACGAGAAGUGCAUUAGUACACUUUAUUUGGGCGAGUUGGUGCGUCUGAUUGUGGUGCGUCUCAUGGACAUGGGCGUCAUGUUUACCGAUUACAAUCAGGACUACAUUGGCAUCCAUUGGAAGAUGGAAAUGAAAUCACUGAUUGGCAUCGUCUCUGAUCCACCGGGCGUCUAUGUCCAUGGCCAAGAGGUGAUGGACAAAUUCAAGAUGCGCAACUGUCAGGAACGAGAUCUGGCCAUGUUGAAGUACAUCUGCCAAGUUGUCUGCGAUCGUUCAGCCAAACUUGUGGCUGCUGGUCUCGCGGCUUUGAUCAAUCGCAUGAACUACAGCCAGAUUUCCAUUUCGGUCGAUGGAGGCAUUUAUCGCUUGUUUCCCCGUUACCAGGAGGUGCUCAAUCGUCACACGCAGCAGUUGGCCAAUCCUCACAAUAAAUUUGAAAUCGUUGUCGCCGAGGAUAGUCCAGGCGUUGGAGCUGCCAUCAUGGCAGGCUUGGCUGUUUCUUUAGCGCAGAAUAAAUGAUGACUUUUAUGAAAUGAAUUGGGAAUUUC